CUGCCCUUGCUAGUCCACUAGGCUGCAGCAGCUUCCAGGAUAUGCCUUUGCACGGGCUGUUAAUCGGCUAAGCCACUAGGUGGUAGUGAAGCAAUGGUAAGCUCUGUUGUCCCCUGACUGUCAGGUGGGGGGGGGCGUUCCUUGAAGGCAGUCAUUCACCUUGCCAGAUCCAAAGUCUUCCCCCCCUCCCCCUGGAGGUGGGGACAUGCAGGGUGGCAUCGCCUGCCUCCUUUUCCAGACGAGGAAUCCAAGAGAAGGCUGAGCAGCAGCUUCCAGAGAGCUCCCUUCCUCCACCAUGAAGAGCGUCGCCCGUCCUUCUGCCCUUCUGCUCUGCUUUCAAGCUGUCUUUGCCUUGGACCAGCUGAAUUGGUGCACAGUCUCUGACAAAGAGCUUGCCAAGUGCAGCGACAUGAGCAAAGCCUUCUUCAGGGCCAACAUUCGACCCCUGCUGUCUUGUGUGAGAGGUGUCUCAGCCAGCGACUGCAUAUCAAUGAUCAAUGCAAGUGUGGCGGAUGUGGCAGCCGUGGAUGGCGGCACCAUUUAUCAGGCUGGGAAGGAAUACAACCUGAAGCCAGUGGUGGGAGAAGCCUAUGGCCAAGAUGUUGGCACAUCCUACUAUGCAGUGGCUGUGGUGAGAGCCAACUCCAGCUUGACUAUCGACAGCUUGCUGAGAACCAGGUCGUGCCACACGGGCAUCAACAGGACAGCCGGCUGGAACGUCCCCAUUGGCUUUCUUCGCGACAGCGGCCGGAUGCCGGUGAUGGGCUGCGAGGUAGCUGCAGCCGUGGGCAACUAUUUCAGUGCCAGCUGUGUCCCUGGAGCCAGCAGAAACGGCUACCCAGCUAACCUCUGUGCGCUCUGCAGAGGAGACGGGACCGGCCGGGGGAAAUGUGAGCUGAGCCCCAACGAGGAAUAUUACGACUAUAUGGGCGCCUUCAGGUGCCUGGUGGACGGAGCAGGGGAGGUGGCCUUUGUGAAGCACAGCACAGUCGCCGAAGCCACUGAGGGCCAAGCUCCCCCCUCGUGGGUCCUGCCGGGGCUUCAGGCCACGGACUUCCAGCUCCUUUGCCGGGAUGGCAGCAGAGCGGCCGUGACGGAGUGGAGGUCCUGCCACUUGGCCCGUGUCCCUGCGCACGCCGUGGUGGCCAGGGAGGACGCGAAUGCCAGCCUCAUCUUCCAGCUGCUCAGCCAGGGGCAGCAAAGGUUUAACACCGAAGGUGCUGAUUUCCAGAUGUUUGACUCUUCAGCCUAUGAUGGAAAGAAUCUUCUCUUCAAAGACUCCACCAUGGAGCUGGUUCCCAUUGUGGGGCAGUCCUACCAGGCCUGGCUGGGGGAAGAGUACAUGCAUGUCGUGCGGGGACUGGACUGUGACCCUACAAGGCUGCCUCCCUUCCUGCGCUGGUGCGUCUUGUCUACAGAGGAGAUCUGGAAAUGCAGCCAGAUGGCCACGGCCUUCGAGGAGAAGCAGCUGAAGCCGGAGCUGCAGUGUGUUUCGGCAGAGAGUCCUGAGCAGUGCAUGGAGCGCAUCCAGAACAGAGACAUUGACGUUGUGUCUCUGGCCGGAGAGGAUAUUUACACGGCUGGGGAGACAUACGGCCUGGUGCCAGCUGCUGGCGAGCAUUACGCAGACGAGGACACCACCAGCACCUACUACGCAGUGGCCCUUGUGAGGCGGGUGGCCGAUGACGCCUUCACCAUCUACGAGCUGCAAGGAAGGAGGUCCUGCCACGCAGGUUAUGGGACAAUGGCUGGGUGGAAGAUGCCCAUUGGCCUCUUGCUGAAGAAGGGGUUCAUUCGUCCUCAGGACUGCAACAUCCCCAAAGCGGUGAGCACCUUCUUCUCUGGCAGCUGCGUUCCGGGGGCCCCGGGAGACGGCUACCUGGGCAGCCUGUGUGAGCUCUGCAUUGGGGACCUCAGGGGCCAAUACAAGUGCAAUGCCAGCCGCCAAGAACGUUAUUAUGGCCACGCUGGAGCCUUCAGGUGUUUAGCUGAGGGUAAGGGCGAUGUGGCCUUUGUCAAGCACUCCACAGUCUUUGAAAACACAGAUGGGAACAACACGGGCUCCUGGGCCUCCCAGCUGCGCUCGGGGGAUUUCCAGCUCUUGUGCCCAAAUGGUGCCCGUGCGGAAGUUAGCCAGUUUGCCCACUGUCACUGGGGACAGGUGCCCGCCCACGCCAUCAUGGUCCACCCAGACACAAAUGCUUUGGCUGUUUUUGGACUUCUGAACAUUGCACAGGACUUCUUUGGUGACCACAAUGAAAAUGGAUUCCAAAUGUUCAACUCUACAGCCUUCAAAGGGAAAGAUUUGAUCUUCAGGGACUCCACCGUUGCCAUUGUGCCAGUUGGGGCGAGGAGGACGGCCAUCUCCUGGCUGGGGGAACCAUUUGUGGAGGCCCUGCAGGGCCUGAGGGCUUCCCAGUGCUCUGGUGCAGCUUUGUCAGUGAAUGUCUUCCUCCUCCUGCUGCUGAUGACAAGUCUUGGUCUUGCUGGAUUCUGCUGUCCGUGAUCCAUUGGCUGAAUGCCAACAUGCCAUGAGGCAAAAGGCAGCUGCAACAUGGACCACCACCACAAAGUCAACAAACCAAUCAAAUCAGCUGGCCUGAUCCAUCUGGAAGAAGUGGAGCAUGCUGGGCCUUCCUUUUUCCUCAGACCACAAACGAUGGUUGCUAAAGCAUUUCCAUUGUGGUGGCAACAAGCCUGGCCUCUCCAGGGCUCCUGCACUAGCCUUCCUUUCUCCUUCUCUGGCACAGUCCUGAGGGGGGGCUCAGAAGCUUUUGCUUACCAUUUUGGUUAAUUAUCAUGUCGUUCAGAACUGACAAACUGGUUAUUCAUAACCGAGAUUUGUUUGAAACAAGUUAACUCCAAGUGAUGGCUUAUGAAGCAGACUUGUUUCAACAAAGGAAAUUUUAAAAUAGCCACAUCCUUAACUGUGCUUAAGUAAAAGGAGCAAAAGCUUCCAGUUUGCUCCUCACAACCUUGGAGUAGGUGAGCUUGGGGGGGGGGAGGACUUGUCUCCUCCCCUCCAAGACUAGCCAGGCUUCCUUGUGAUGUCUGACUGCAGCCCCUUUUGGGAGACUUGGCUCUGCAUCCAGAGAUCGAAAAAUGGCUCCCCUCCCCUUGUCAGCCUGCAGUUAUGGCCCUGGGCUCAGGUGUGCUGGGAGGAGGCAAGGAGCUGCAUGUCUGCCUGCUGAUUGCUUGAAGAGCGUCACUGUGUCCAUCUUUUUAUACUAACUAGACUAACACAAUUACUGUAUUUAUUAACUCCCUUGAGAGUCCCGCUAUGAAUAAAAAAGCAGGCUAUAAAGAGAAUAAACAGGAGACAGAGGUGAUGGCAAGGAAGGCAUUUUCCAGCCCUGCCUAUCUUGGCUAUAUGUUGCAGCACCUAGAAAUGCAACGCCAAAGAGCCUCCCAUAAGCAACAAAAGGGCAAAACCUCUUAGUAAAUGCCUGCAGUAGCUAUCGUGAAGGGAGACAAAGUUAAGUAACUGCAGUUUCCAGGAUUUUGCCACAACAAUAACAGCAAACCUUAGUAACAUGAGAUGUCAGCCAUACCUGCCAUGGUUUCUGGGGCUGGAAAAACUCACCUGGGUGCAGAUGAACAGUCUGAGAAAGAAUAUACCAGCCAACACUAAGCAUGCAGAGAACCCUCCCCAAUGCUUUGGAUGAAGCCAUCUCAGCUUCACCAGACCUGCCUCGAUUGGGCAGUUGUCCACUGGAAACGAUGACAAUCCCUAGUUGUGAAAAGCCAGCUCUGAAAAGGUCAAAAUAAAGCAUAAUCUCCCGUC